GCGUUUCGUCUGACAAGAUCGUUUUCAAGAUGGCUGCGCCUACGAGUUCGAAGCAUGAGAAAAACCUACGUCCGAAAGUUGGUGUUGGUGUGGUAAUCACAAGUCCGUUGCACCCUAAAUGUGUGCUUAUAGGAAAACGAAAGAACGUGCAUGGUGAUGGAUAUUAUGCUUUACCAGGAGGGCACUUGGAAUUUUCGGAGACUUGGGAGGAAUGCGCACUCCGCGAGACCCUUGAAGAAACAGGGCUGAGCAUUAUCGGUGUGACCUUUGACUCUGUAAUCAACGCAGUCAUCGAAGAAGAGAGAUAUCAUUACGUUGUGAUAUUCAUGAGAGGGGAGAUUGAUUUGACCAAGAAGAAGGAGCCUGAAAAUAUGGAGCCCAAUAAAUGCGAAGGUUGGGAGUGGUGGGAUUGGGACAAGUUCCCGAACCCAGAGGACCUGUUCGUUCCGCUUAGGAUAGUCAGGGAGAAGGGCUAUGAUGCGUUCAGGAACUGCCCACCGUGAUACAGCUACAAGUGCACAACUCUUCUUGCUGUGACAGCUGAAGAGACAGUUUUAAGUACCUCAUUUCCGCUGCACUGCCUUUCACAAGUUUAAUGUAUUGUUUCUAAGUGGCAGGCUUCCGAAUUGUAACCAGACUCUCCUAAGGAUGACACAGUAAAAUGGCCUUGCUGAUGGUCAGGCGGUGUCGAAUAGUCAGGGUCCCAAAAAUGACAGGCAGUUCCGAUGAAAGAUUUUGAACUAUGAAUUGUCUUGUUCUGAUUUUAUUCAUGCGUUAUGUUGUACUUCCAUGAAGUGCAGACACACAGAGGGAACAGCUGAUUUUUCUGUACUUGAAUGUCAGUCCUUUGUCUAAAUCAGUCUUCUGUUAGCAUUGGUAAUUUCCAGGGUUUAAUCUAUGGGAGGUUAUAUUUUUUUAACAAAAAGAAACAUCAUUUUGUGUCCUCUGAAGUUAUAUAUAUGUAAAGCGCAAAUGUGUGUGCCAUCAUCGUUAAAUUUGUUCAUAGUUGUGUUUUUCAUACUGAGCUGAAGUUUAAGUCAAACCUUAAAGUUAAUUUUUUCUUUGAUGAAGGGAGCCUUUUAACACACCAAAUAAAUGCACAAGUAAAAA